CCAUUCUCAUCAGUUCUCGUCGAGCGCUCGGUGUUUUCGGUUUCGUUGCAGCAAUUGCGGCGUCCUGUGGUUCGGGUGUUUAGGGAAAAAGUAAAUUUUCCACCGUAGGCGCGCGUGGACCUUCUUUUCGCGUUAGCGUGCUGUGCGUAGGUGUAUGUGUGUGUGUCGUCCCUCCGACAUUUUCACCCCAAAGCCAUAGCCUGGGAGUCGGGUACAGCGGCAUUUGGCGUUGUUUUGCGUCCAUCCGACGAUGCUUGCAGUCGAAGGCAACCAUAUGGAUAGGAAGAACCGAGUGGCAGUGGAAGUACAAAUUUUAGUGAAAACGGUGACUAUCGUAAACGAAGAACGGUGUUAGUGGCGAGGAACAGAUCGCGUGAGUUGUGCUGCGUGUACGGAUACGGGCGGAAAUUGCCUUCCGGGCAGGAUGGAGGUGUGCUGCUUAAAAAUGGCAUCCAGAUGCAGACCGACGCGACCCAUCAAGGACAUAACGCAGCUCUCCUCGGCCGGCUCGUCGCACGACUGCGGUGCCCUGUCGCGGGUCGUAAUGGUCAGAAAAACGGAUCAGCGCGUCAUCAAUCACAAGGGCAGUCAGAAGGAUCCACUGUGUGAGGUCAUUACGAUGGAAACGAUACAGACGUACAAGGGCCACAAACCGGACCGGACGGUAGUGUUUAGGGAGAAGUUUGAUCUCACCGGCAACGACAUGUCACGGUCGCUUUCGACCGGCAAACUGUCCGUCGGUUCGCCCCGUCUCUCGAUAUCGCCGCUGCGCACGAUCCUGACGACGAGUGCCGAGCUGGAGAAGAGCCGUGCCGCGGCAAGUGAUCGAAACAACAACAGCACCACCCCUAGCAAGGCGCCGACGAGCGAAAGCAAACGAGUCAACGGGCAGACUGUGGUCGGUUCGCUUCGGCCAAAAUCGCUCGACCGGGGCAACAACAAUGCGAGCCCGCUGUUACGCCACUCGAAGAGUCCUUCCAAGAGUCCAUCGAUCGGGAAUUUGAGGCCGGCGGGCGGUGGCGGAUCGCAAUCGUCGCUCCGAGGCAGCACCCCCUCACUGUACACCGACUUUGAGCGGGAGUGUCUGAAGGCACACAACGAGUACCGGACACGGCACGGGGUGCUGCCGCUGAAGCUGAGCAAGCGACUGUGCCGUUACGCGGAGGAGUGGGCCAAGGUGAUUGCGGCCCGAGGUGUGCUGGUGCACCGGAGCAACUCGGCGUACGGGGAGAACAUCUUCUGCUCGUGGAGCUCCUCCAGCACGGGAAGCGGUGCGAGCAGUGUGUGCGUGAGUGGACGGGAACCGGUCGAGAACUGGUACAGCGAGAUCGAUCUGCACGUGUUCGGGAAGGAACCGGCGACGCUGAAGACGGGCCAUUUCACGCAGGUCGUGUGGAAGGAUAGCCGCGAGUUGGGCGUUGGUGUGGCACGCAAUCGUUCUGGUCAAGUGUUUGUGGUAGCAAACUACGAUCCACCGGGAAAUUACAUCGGCAGCUUUGCCAAGAACGUUCCACCAGUGGGAGGGUUCGAAAUUCCGAAGAUUAUCGUUGACAAACCGUCCGCCCUGAAGCAGACGUCGGUGGAUGAAUCGACCGGGAAGACGACCACCUCCUCCUUGCGGCGUCCUGGCACGGAAAAGCCCGAAAAGCAUGUGCGCAUUGUGGACGAAAAUGAUCCGGAUCAGUUCGAUGAGUUUGCGGUGGCCAUGUUGAAGCAUCACAACGAGUACCGGAAACGGCACGGGGCAGCCGAUUUAAUCCUCCACAAAGAGCUGGUCCGCGAUGCGCAACAGUGGGCCGAAAUUUUGGCUCGGGAUGACCGGUUCACCUACCGGCAGAACUCCAAGUACGGCGAGAAUCUCUACUGCCUGUGGUCGUCGGACAGGAACGCGCGGCCCAGUGCGCGCGACGUUUGCCGGUCCUGGUACGAGGAGGUGAAACAGUACGCCUUCACGGUGGAGCCGCGGGCCGCCAUCAAGGGCGGCCAGUUCACGCAGAUGGUGUGGAAGGGCACGAAGGAGCUGGGCGUUGGGAUGGGUCAAACGCGCAGCGGCAAGGUGAUUGUCGUCUGUACGUACUAUCCGCGCGGGAACGUGCUGGGACAGUUUCUGGGGAAUGUGAGCAGGGCGCGCUAAAAGGGGAAGCGAAUGUAGAGGGCUUUAACUGGGCAGGGGGGAAAACAGACAGUACCUGUUCAUCAAACACACGCGAUAAUCAGGGGAGAAGCCUUAAUCCGAGUAGGGAAAAACACACGUACACGCACAUUUGCGUCCGCGCGAGCAGUCCGGUUACCAUUUACUAAACUAAACGACCCAAAUAUUUAGCACCCGUAUUGCGAUGAGGGAAGUGCAGUUAUUGAGAAGCUAUUUUAAAGCCUCAAAUCACCUUUUUAUAUACGUACACAUAGGCAAGCUUACAUGCAGAGUGCAAACGGACGACGGUGACGGUGGCGGAGAGGAGGCGCUUGCAAAACAAAACCGCACAAAUUUAACAAAUGCAUCAAGCCAGACGUGUUACCAGUUUCAUGCGGCACAUUUUACAGUAUGCGCUUAUUCACACA